AUGCAAAUCAACUGCACCAUCGUUGUUCCUAGGCUGAAAACCUCGAACCAAACGGUACACCCCGUCUUCCAAAACCCACUGACUGAGCCAAUCUACACUAGAAGGUGUAAAGAAAAACGAGUAUUAUGGAAGGGCAAGCACAAACAGGGCCAAGGCCGCUUCAAAUGGGUGCAAAAGGGGCCUAUAUUGUUCGCUUGUUGA